CACAAAAAGCCGUCUUUCAUUACAACCCUCCACAGGGAGCAGGCGGUGAGCGUGCAAGUUAGAGAGAGAGAGAGAGAGAGAGAGAGAGAGAUAGAGAGAGAGAGGGAGAGGGAGAAAGAGAGAAGGAGAAGAAGAAGGAGAAGGAGAAGGAGAGAGUGAGGAGGAGCGAGAGAAGAGAAGGAGAGAGAGAGGGAGAAGCAGUAAUAAGGAAUAAAAUAUAAAGGCUGUUGGAAAGAGAGUAAGGAGGUAUUGAGAGAGAUCCAGGCAGAGUGAGAGAGGGAGAGAGAGAGAGAAGAAGAGGAAGAAGAGAGAGCAACGGCUCCCAGACUUCUCUCGGCGGUUUGUGCGCGGCCAGUGUGUGUGUGGCCAGUGUGUGUGUGGCCGUGGCAGGGAUGGCGUCGGAACCGGGCACCCAGUCCAGGGUGAUGUUUCAGACCAAAGAGGAGGAGCCCUCCCAUCGCAAACUGGGCAAACUGACCGUUAAAUACAACCGGAAAGACCUGCAGAGGAGACUGGACAUUGAGGAGUGGAUCGAUGGGCAGCUGCACCUGCUGUAUGAUUGCGAGGAGGAAGAGAUUCCAGAGUUGGAGAUUGACAUUGAUGAACUUCUGGAGCUUUCAGAUGAAGAACAGAGAACUAGACUACAUGAGCUUUUGCAAGAGUGUGGAAAGCCAAAAGAGGACUUUAUCAACGGGUUGCUUUAUCGGAUGAAGGGCCUUCGCAAGAUGUCAGGACCCCUCAAGAAAUAGUCCUAGGUGAAAGUCCACAAGCAAGAUAAUGUGAAUAACCCCAACCCCAGCCCCACACCCAUAUAUACCUUUAGAGAUCAACGUCUGUCUGUCAAAAUAUGUAGAAUUCCCCUGUACAAAUGGGUCAAUAAGGGAGCUGUCCAUAAAUGUCAUUUUUGAGUAUUACUAUUUAUGUACAGUUCUGACAACUUCUUCCAGCAGACAUAGGGUUGCAUUAUAGAUAAAAUUGUACUGUCUAUUACUCAAUUUUUUUGUGACUUGUACAUUUUUGGUUGACUAUUUAUAUAUUUUUGUUCUGGAAAGCAUUGAAUGUGAUCAUAAAGAAUAACUUUUCAAGUCUAGUCUGAUGUCGAUGUUUAA